UGAACGGCCCCGGAAAUACCAACCUAAUAAAAUCCGUCACAUUGGAAAAUAAUAGCGUCGGUUCAAAUUGUUUCGCGGCAAUUUACGGCCGCUCUUUUCUUAUUUUGCGAUGAUAUAGCAAUCAGCCGAAAAUGGAUAUAGGAAAGCUAUUCAGAAACGUUCAGAGUUUGAACGAAUACAUAUCAACAACUCAAGAUGCUACAGAGAAAUGCAAAACUUCAAAAAUUCUGCUGAAUAUGUCGACCGUUCUUGCGCUGAAGAAAAUACGUUCUCUUGAAAUCGAGUAUUUCAACAAAUGUGAGGAAAAUGGAAUCGCGUGUACGAUAUUUGACCGUAUGUUAUGUUUGCCGCCUUCAAAAACAUGGAGCGUGCUCAGCAAGGAGUUGGUGAACCUACUGCAAUACUGGCUGGAUGCUACAAGAAAACAUUUGGUCAGGCAUAACUUGCAAUGGUGGACUUUUUUGAAACUGUUGCUCAGAUUUGUAAAGGAAAUCCGUCAGAAAGAUGCGUCUCUACCUAACAUACUAGUGGAGCAUACUGCGGAGUGUCUCUUGGAUCUGGCUACCAACAGCUGUCCUGAUGCUUACCAGAGAUAUGAAAUACUCCACUGUUUCAAUAUGUACUGCUCAGAAUCUAGCAGAGAAGUCAGAUUUGCUUUUAGGAACAAGCUUGGACCUUAUUUUACAAAACUAUCUUCAUACAUGAGCAACUGUGGUCACCUGCCUACACAAUACAGUAUUAUGGAGACACUCCUAAGAUGGCUACUUCCACGACAUGAUGCUACCCUGAGGCUUGCAUCAGCUACCAAGUGGUUCCAUCCCUCAAUGUACCAGAAAGCUGAUGUUGAUAUAUUCUUGGAAAGGUCUUGGGUUAAUUUCUUUCAGGACGCAAGAGAUUUCCUAAACGCGCACAAUCAAAGAAAUGACUUGAUAACGUCAGUUGUGUGCCGGAAACUCACUGUCGGCAAAGUUGUCGUCAUUUCGGGUACAGAACGCCAAGACUCCUGGUUAGACAUGAACUGCGUGACCCGCAGCGUGUCGGUGCUACUCGACCCUCGCGCCCUGGAACCCUUCGGCUCCAGCAACCACAAGGCCUUCGAGACGCUGGUCAUCACACACUAUGAUACUUGCACUGUUAAGCUUUAUAGGGAAUCAGAAAAGCUUCUAGUAUCUCUACAUACAACCACGCCCCCACAACUGAUGCCGUCACGUCGGAGCCUCGGCGCUGACGUGAGCUGUGACGUCACCGCUGUCGUCACCUCGCGCUGUCACCUCGCCAGGAUCGAUGCCGCGCUCAGAAGGAUCUUUGACGAUAAGUACGAGUUGUUACUGGACUUAAACAAAGAAUUGGAGUUAUCUCCUAUCAAUCAAAUCAAAGGUCCUGAAAAUCCUGAAUGCAAUAAUGAUUUGGAUCAGAGGUUUUCUCAUCCCGUUGAAGUGAAGAAACGUAAACAGUGCGGGUACAUGGUAAGGUCUCGUCAGCCGGUCGCUUGCCCGUCACCUUCUUCAGCUUCGACCAGCUCCUUGGCUCAGCUUCACGAAAAAUUAGCAGCAUUACCUAGAUUCAAAUACGAUAAAGAACCAAUAAGCGUUUGCGCACUGCCCGAACUGUCUAUGGUCACAGAAGUCAGUGAGACAGAGGAUCUUAACUCUACACUCAAAUACAAACCUUAUGGCGUGUGCUACUAUAAGAACUAUAAUAAACUAGAGGUCAGGAAAUCCCAAAGUGACCCAGAAACUUCCAGAAAAACUUUCAAGGGUCGUGUGCUUUCUCCUGUUGUUAAUGAAGAUGCACCCAGUUGUUUGCUAGUAGCUACCAUAGGUUCUGCUGAUGAUUCCGUUAUAAAUGACACUGUAGAUCGGAUGUCUAAGAGUAAGGAUUAUAAUGCUGACAAUAUAGUCGAUUUGUUAGUCCAAGAGGCGCUUCAGACUAAAGACGAUAAAUACAAAUCCGAUUCCGGAAUAAAUUCGGCAGAUAAAAAAUCUCUGGAACAAAACGAUAAUAGUGAAACUAUUGAUAAUACUCCUGAUGUAGAUAAAGUUAAAGUAAGCAAAAUUUCCAAAAAAACUAAAGUAGUCUCGUCUACUUCUGACGAGUCAAAUACAGAAGUAAUUAGCGAGACUCCUUGUUUUGUUAAUACGAGGAAAAAGAAUAAAAUAGAAUCAAAACAUACCGCUCCGAGAAAUUCAUUUGAUGAGUUGGUCGUUGAACAAUUUUUCUCACAACAUUUCACUGAAAACGACGUCGGUGAAAUGGUCAUAAGUCCUACUUUAGCUAAGAAAAUCAAUGAAAGCAGUUCGGAAAGCGGCGAUAAUUUUUGUGAAAACUUCAAAUUAAUUGGUGAAGAGGAAGAAGUAGCUUUACCCUACAAUUUCAAUAACGAAGAAGUUUUGGAAUGCCUUAACUGUAUGAUCGAUAAAGUAUGCGAUGAUUUCGAUAAAUGUACAAAAUAUUUAAGUAAAGAUGAUGAAAUUGCUUUAGAUCCUAACGAUACCACUGAUGAAAAUAUACCAUUGAAAGAAAUUUUAAAUACAAUCCAAGUUAUAGAGGCGAAAAAGGUAAAAAAAGAGACUAUGAAAAAGUCAGAAGUAAAGAAAAAAAUAACAUUAAAAUACAAGAUAACUCCGAAAAAAACUACUAAAAAAACUCGUGCAUCUAAAAGAAAUAAUAAACUCGAAUUGGAGUCUACGUCAAAAAUGUCUACUAUAAUUGAGGAUAACUUGGAGAGCGCUCCUGAGAAUACUGAAAAUAACGUUGCGCCAGCAACUAGAGAACAAGAGGAAAACGUAGUAACUGCUAAGAAAGAUUCGCCUGCAAAUGAAGCAUUAGAAACUGAAACGCCCAUCCUUCGUAGAAAACGUAAACUUUACUCGCCUAAAGAUGAACAAACAGCAUCAGAUUCUCCAUCGGCCCCGGAUGAAAACACAAAGUCUGAACUUAUUAAAAAGACUCCCAAAUCCACAGCAACAUGCUAUAAAGAAAUAGAAAAAUAUCGUCAGAAAAAUAUCCGAAAGCCAAGAAAUAGAAAAUCUAAAAUACCCGAACCACCAUCUCCUAGAACUAAGCAAAUGAACGAUAUGUUCGACAAGAUAAAAGAAUCUGCUGAUACCGAGAAAGUAAGGCUGGCUGAUAAAACUUUCGAAAUCGAUGUGUACAACUUCACGAGUGAUAGCGAAGAUGAAUUCAAAGUAAAAAAGAUAAAUGUCUCGAAACGAAAUAGCACAACUACUAUUGCAAGCGUUGAGUCCACAGUGUCUAAGCGCGGGAGAGCCGUUAAGCGUAUAAACUACACUGAUACUAAAUCUUCAGAUGAAAGUAACACGGUGAAACGUAAAGUUAAUAGAAAACCUAGAACUAAGAAGAAGAUUCAUAUCGAAAAGAUUGAUUUGGUUGAUGAACGCAUGAGGAAGGCAGAAGAUGUACUCAAUACAUCCAUGGUAAUAGAGAAAACUAAGAAUAAAGUAAACGAACCGGAAUUGGUACUUGUAACAGAACCUAAAAUGGAAGUUAUUGAUGAAAAAAAUGAUGAGAAAUUGGACAAUGCUCAAAAAAAGAAAGGAAAGAAACCUAAAAUAGAAACAUCUCAGUCAAAACGACCGAAGAGGGUUCUAAACAAAGCUGUCAUUGAAAAAGUCAAGAAUUUUGAUGAGGAUAGAACUGAAAGUCCUCUACCAGGACUUCUUGUUGAACCAGUUCCCUCGAACAAGGACGAUACUAACGAUAUAUCGGCGACCAUGGUGGAUAAAUUCAAGAAGUUCUACCGAGAUGGCCCAGAAAAUUAUAUUAACGAGUCAAAUACUACACAGAAUUUACUAUCAGACGUUGAAAGGAUUAACUACAGCCCACCAAACGUUGAUGUAACAGAGGAACUACUACACAUAGAGAAACAGCUGCAAAACAAAGAGACCGAAGUAAAGCCUAGAGUUAAAACAACAAAAAAGAAAACAUCUAAUAGCAUUAUACUUGAAAAUACGAAAAAAAGUAAACCCACACCAAAAAAGACUAAAGUAAACGAAGAAACGAUAAACAUAUCUGAAAUAACUGACCCAAAAUCGGAUAAUACUAUUGCAACGAUAGGAAUUACUGGUCACGGAGAGUUAGAGGAAGCUCCGCCUAGCACGACGUUGAUAAACGAGCGACUGGAACCGCGCAACCUAGAGGUAGAAGAUCUAGAUCAUUCCAUGAGACAUUAUUACGAAGAACUGACUAAAGUAAUCAAUGCUUCUCAUAAUCGUGAUUCCAGUGGGUCCAAUGAAGAGCGCUUGUGUAAAAACGUCGCUAAAGCCAGGAGUAUCAAUAGUAUUAAGUCCAUGUCCCCUGCCGUGUCUCUAAAGAGGUUGUCCCCUGAUGAUAUAAGCAAGUGGCUUCCUUCGCGACGCAAUUCCGAAUCGGAUGAGUCCUACGUUAGUGCAAAGUCUAUGAAACACAACAGUGAAGAACAUGCGGCUAAAAUAUUGGAAAGCAUGAAACUAAAAACAGGACGAGAUGAUAAUAAUUCGGAUACUUCUGAAGUGAAUGUACCAAAAAGACAAUCUUUGAGGCUAAUCUUUCAAAAUCAGCAAGCAGAUAAAAUUGUAGACAGUGGACAAACUAAAUCUAAACAUGAUUCUGAUUCGGAUAGCGAGAAUGAGUCUUUGAAACCAGAUACUAAGAAGCUAAAAAUUUCAACGAAAGUAGAGCCUAAGAAAACACCUAAAUCAGUUAACAAAAAUGACAAAAAAGCUAAGCCAAUGCAUGUAUCCCUUAUAUCACCAAUAAAGCUAUUCGAAGAUAUGAUAUCUAUCGCCGACAAGCGCUCAGAAACCACACUGUCGGACGAUGAAGAGUAUAUGAAAGAAAUUAUACACACGUUAAACAAAAAGGACGCUGAAACUGAACCGAAGAACAAAAUACUUGAAAAAAGUGCAGAAACAGAUGUAAUUGAACAGAAAAACUCGACAAAAUCGAUAGAGUCGCUUUCAACUAAUUCUAAAAUGAGUACGUCAACGAAAAUAGAAGAUUCUCGAUCGCUUCUGAAGAGGACAUUGGAGGGAGAGAGAGAAGAUUACAAAAAGAGAAAGGUGGAGUUGAAUAACAAUGAAGAACCGUGUUCAAGCGGACUAACUGUCUCUAGUGUAGAAGACUGGUUCAAGAGAAUGGAACCGGAAACUAGCAGUGCUGAAAUAGUAAACGCUUCGAUGAGGCACAGCGUACAGGGUGUCCUAGAGAAGUUAGACACCACGCUCGUCGAGAUAAACAGGAAUACCAGUAAAAAAUUCGUGCAUCUAUUCGUGGACGCUCAGAAGCACCUGUGCGAGCUGAAGGAGCGUCGCCGCGGCAUGUACCGCGAGCUCGCCGCAGAUAUACUCGCGCAGGUCGUCAACAUCAUGGACGACAAGUUUGCUGAACUAGAUAAAAGAUCACAAGAAAACGACAAUGAUUUCAUGAAGAAACUCAAAGAGCGUGCUUCUGAGCUGAUUCGAGAAGACUGUAAGCAGAAACGAGCCAUGGUACGCUUGCUCAAAGAAGAUGUACAAGCCGUGAUAGACCACUUGGAUAAGCAGGGUACCUCGUGAUGUGUUACCAAUGUUCCUAAUUCACUGCAGGGUCGUGUAACUAAUGAACCAUUUAUCAUCGAAACUUAAUAGAUACCAUUUUCUGUCACAAAUAAUGUUUACCCAGUACCAGACUAAACCAAAGGCUAGAAUUAUUUUAAAAUGGUCUAGAUUUCAUUAUAGGACUAAUUUUUUGUAUGUUACUUCCGAAAUUAUUAAGUUUAGACUAGGUUAUUUUCGGACCUCCCAAAAGCUGAAGGUCUUUUCUUUAAAUAGUUACUUAAGAGUUAUCUAGACCAUUUUAGGGUGUAAGUUCAAAAUUACUUUUUCCAUUUUUCAAUUUCGAUAAUUUGUCUAACUAAAGGUUCCUUAAAAAAGAUAUUUCAUAACGGAUGCUCUAUAAGAUCUGUAUAUAAUUUGUUAAGUUGUAUGUUUUUAUUUAAAUGUUUUAUUGCUCUCAAAAAUGAGGUGAAUGUAGAAAUGUACUUUAUUACCAUUAUAAUUUUUGUUUGUGCUAUAAGAGAAUGUUACAAUAUAUAAUAAUUAUUAAUUAUAAAUACUUUAUAGUUAUGUUGACAUGUUACGAUACCUUUACGAAGUUCAAUAUUGUAAAAAAAAAUUGCAGUAUUACAAACAUAAUCUGGGAAAAAAAACUAAAUGAUAAGACUGUUCCUAAGGCUAAACUUUAUUACAAGGUGUCAACAUAGCUAUAUUAUCUUACGCAAAUUGUUAAUUUUAUCCAAAGUUUUAUUCUAUUCAUGUUAUAAAAUGCCGCCAAUGGGGAUUGUUCAAUUAUUUUUUAUUUAUUUUUAAGCAAUUCAUAUCAAAUAAGGUAUGCAGUUUUCAGUUGUAAUGUUUUCCAAAGUGAAUAAUAAAACGAAAUGAUUAUUAAA